ACAUGCUACAACUGUGCCACGACUUUGCCAGGCACUGAGGGGUGCGGAAAUCCGGGAACUCCACUUUUCCAUGUCCUUCGCUGGGCCAUGUGCCCGCUGCCCGCAUCUUUUUUGCUCCUUUCCAACUUCCCAGCCCGCGCUGAGACGCCUCUCGGCGGUCCGAGAAUCGAGUGGCCCUUUGCGGUGAUGGGCUGGGUGCCGCAGAAACGCCUCGUGGGCAAGCAGCGCGAUCCGAGGAGCCUCGUGCCAGAGGCGCCACCGUCCGAGCUUCCGUGGUGUUCGCCUGCGCCGGCGCUGCGGGCGGUUGGCGCCGGGGGCUCGCCCGAGGACCGCCAGGCGCCGCCGUCCGAGCUUCCCUGGUGUUCGCCUGCGCCGGCCCUGCGCGCACUUGGCGCCGGGUGGUCGCCCGAGGACCGCCAGGCUUCCGCUUGCCUGCUGGAGGGCAUCUCCGAGCACUUGUGCAUGCUGCUGCGCUCCCAGGGGAAGGAGAAGGAGGCAGCCCUGCUGAGCGUCAUGAAGUUGGUGGAUGCGCUGGCGGACCUGCGCUGGCCCGCCACGCAGGCGCCGCGGCUGGCAGGCGAUGCCGCGGGCGAGGCGGCGCGAAAAGUCGCCGUGCCCUUCCCACAUGAUCAGAGCUUGGUGGAGGAUCUCGAUGACUGGGCGGAGGGGCAGCUUCGCAAGCGCCGGCGGGAGGCGUGAGGCCAGCGAGUCGCUGCGGGCACAAGAGGAGUUGCUGGUUGCGAACGGGUGCAUGAGUAGUGACAUCAGCCACUGCCGUCUGAACGUAGAUCUCUUGUCUUCCAGGCCAAAUUCAUCUUUUCCUUUCGAGAGCCCCGCCGGAUUUUCGAUCGUGCGCCUUCGUAAGCACAGUAGCCCAAGCCCAAAGAAGACGUGGACCGUCAGUGGUGCUCACUGUAGGGGAAUGUACAGAGCAAGGUGCUGGGGGUGCCCGGUUUCACUGCCGGCAUGGAGCACACAAAUAGAGAAGCUCAACUCUAGCUGAUGUCUUCGAGAAUUGAAGGUGCUCAGGGUUGUGGGAUCACUCGCGGUU